CUCAGAUUCAAGGAGGUCGAUAUAGUCCAGUUACUUUAACUGCAUAUAUAAUGGCAGCUCUGAUUGAAUACCCUGGACUUCUGAAUUCUACUCAAAUGACAGCUGCAACAAAUUACAUGGAGUCUCAGCUGAAUGAAGUCAUUUCUGAUAACUACACCCUAAGUGUUGUGACGUAUGCAUUAUCAUUGGUUGGAAGGAACAAAGCUAAAGAAGGACUAGACAUUCUAAACAAUCGAGCAGAGACUGAAGGUGAUUUAAUGUUUUGGAAAUCUAAUGUCCAUACAGUUUCUGGAUGGUGGCAGCCAAGCUCUAUAGACAUAGCAACAGCUGCUUAUAUUUUAAUGUCCCAUGUAAUUCAGAAUCGAGUGUCUGAGGGGGGAUAGCAGUAAUGAAAUGGUUAUGCCAGCAGAGGAACUCCCUAGGAGGAUUCUCUUCCACUCAGGAUACCAUAGUAGCUUUGCAAGCAAUGUCACUAUUUGCAUCUAGGUACUCUAUAAGCAAAUCAGCGUUACACAUAUUAGUGGAAGGAGACCAGAUGGCUUCUACAAGUUUCACAGUCAAUUCAGGAAACCGCAUGCUACUUCAAACUAAACCGGUAACAUUCAUUAUUAUUGGUAUUUAUUCAUUAUUAGUAAUUGUUAUUGGUAGAUGUAGCUGUAGGUUGGCAGACCCAUGG